CACGCAUUUCCGAACGGCACGCUCCAAGCGCCGCAACGCGACGUUCCGCACGGGAAACAUAACCUCAACACGCGCCCCGCCGCGGUCCCGGCAAAUUUAUCACCAGGCGAAUUUUUCGAAAAGCUUUCUCGUGGAAAUCACCGCUGAGCGCGGGAAAAUGUGCGCGGUGCUCAUCGGCUAAUUGUGAUGACGGAACGAUUUUUUUUCGGUUUUUCGUGUUGAAAUUUUUCAUCGGCUUGACCCAGUGAUUUGUCCCGGUGUCGAAGUUUUGAGUUUUUCGGGUUUCCUCUCGUUUUGGAGACGGCUGGUGCUUUGUGCUCGAAGUUCAUGUGCGAGUGAGUCGAAAUUUUUUCGCCGGACUAAAUUUUGUGGACGUUGCCUGUGAUUGGAUUCUUAAUUUUCUGGACGUAAAUAUUUGGAUCGUUUGAAGAAACCUCAACCCGCUCGUUUUUCUGCCCAUUCAACAUCACAAUCUAAAGACUGUGGGGACUACUCGAGAGAGGAUUCAAACUUGCAUUGGGACUAAUUUCGGCAAAAUGGGAACGCGACCCUUGAAAAUCGGAAUUCAUACGUCUGCUCUGUGUAGAUAAGGGCGGAUCGGACGACGCAUGCUGAGGGCAGGCCAGGGCCAGGGUCGCGCCACCGCCAUUGAGGCCACAACGACGACGAAGACGACGCCGGCGACGCCGGGAGACCAUCGACGCCACCGCGCCGCCUCCUCAUUGAACCAACAUCUCACUCACUGUCAAGUUCCAAGCCACCUCCUCACCAAGAUGGAGCCAUCGCCCCUGCGACCCCGCCACAACCACCACACAUGCGAGCCGCGCACCCGCAUGACGUCAGAGUGGCUCAUCGGCGUUAUAUGCGUCCUCCUCUCGAUCGCGCCCUCCUACGGGUUCCCCACUCCCUCCACCUCUGCCUCCUCCUCCUCGGAGAGCUCAGGUCGUAAAGGGAAGGCCCUCGACUUCACCAACCUGGACAUCUUCGCCUCGUCCGACUACAACAACCUCGCCGACGACAUCGACUCCGUCUACUACGACCAGCUCGGCAGCGAUGCCGUCAAGAACUACGCCGCGAACUAUGACGCGGAACUAGCCGCCAACGACGAACUAUCCCGCGCGCGGCCCACCUCGAUACGAGGCGACUCCAACAUCUACUACAUCCGGCUUCCCCCCACCCCGUAUAUGUUCGUCCCCGGGGUGGGCUACGUCUCGCAGCCCCCGAACCUCCGACUACCCCCCGUGGUUCAGUCCGAACCCCAGUCGCCGAUCGUCAACGUCCCCGUCAACUUCGUGUCGAACGGCAAACCGACGGGCAUUUACACGAUAGAGCACGAUAAACCGGUUUGGCCGAAACCCAUGCAGAACCAGUGGACGACCCCGGCACCGGCGCCCCAGUGGGGGUGGCAGCAGAACCAGUCCUGGCAGCAGCGGCCCACGCAGAAUGACGUCAGGCCGGCCGUCAUAAAACCGCCGAAGAAACCCGGAGACUCGGAUUUGUAUUAUUUGAAUAAGGGUCCGUACAAGUUCAACGGGAGGCCCACCGAUAUCUUCUUGCUGAGGAAUGCGUAUGAUUCGUUGUAUUCGGAUACGCUCCAGAGUUUCUACCCUUAGUCUGAGUCACUGUAUCUCCGCGCAGAGCACCUUCACCCUCAUACUGCCGUGCUAAGGAAGAAUGCCGUAUGAAUAUUCGAAGGUUGGCGAAAUCCCCCGAGUGUAU